CACUUGCUUACUGGACUUUGGUUCUUUGAAUCGGCUUGCAGUCCUUUGGAACCGGCCGCAAAAAGGAUAUUACAAUUCGGAAGACUACUCUGUCCACCGGCAACUCUUCUCCCUCGAAACGGUAUCGGUGUUUAAGCAAAACGACAACCAGGUCCCGGCCGUAAAUAAGAAGCGAAGCUGCCGAGUGCACUACACCACCUUUGAAAAUGACUCCAUCGAUCGAUCUUCUACUAGCUAGGGGUGGCUAAACGACCCGGUCCGGUUAAAUUGGUUCGAAUUGAUCGGGUUCCAGUCCGAUCUUUUCGAGAAUAUAAGGAUCAAAGAUUGGAUUGGAUCCAGUUCGGUCCGGUCCCAAUUUGGUCUUGAUUUUAGAUUGAGUUUGUGGGGAUUUGAGUGAUCUGAGGAGGGAUUUGAGUGACCUAAGGUCUGAAAGGGUGAGGAGAUUAAAUUUUAGGUGUUGGGCUCUCUUAUCCGGUCUUUAUCCGAUUUUUGGUCCGGUCCCAAACGGUUUACCUCAAAUCUAGACCCGAAAAUUAGAUUCAAUUGUUUGCUAUCCGGUCUUGAUCAGCAUUAUACGGUCCGGUUUCGGAUAAAACCAAAAAGUUCAGACCAAAUAGUCAGCCGUAUCUCCGAUACUAUACUUUCUCCCACUGAUCAGAGAGCACUAUAAAAAACGAACGGGAUUGCUUUACGUACACACAUUCAUUUGUGACCAAUAUUCAAUAAAUUGCGACCAGACAUUCUCGUCACAAAAGCCCAUUUUUGUUGGUGACAUAUAUCACGAUGGUUACCACCCAAAAAUUACUAGCGACGGUAGUUUUAGCAACCACAGCAAUCAUCAUCAUGGCACGUCCUUCGCUCCAGCGCACGGUUCACGUCGCCAACACACUCGCCGAGAAGAUACUGAUCGUGCAUUGUCGAUCGAAAGACGACGAUCUCGGUGGCCACGCGGUGGCCGUCAACGAGACCAUCAGCUGGAGUUUCGAGCCGAAUCUCUUCUGGGGGACGCAUUUCUGGUGCAAGCUCGCGGUCGAAGAUAAGCGUAUUUCCUUGGUGGCGUACGACGAAGAGUCUGAGUACAAAACCGACUACUGGUAUGUUUGUGACGAUGGGGUUUAUGGACGGGAUAGGGUUACCGGCGGGAGGACUUAUAAGGCUGCAUGGAAGCGGGUUUGGCCACGUCGACGUUGAACCGGCUGGUGCAUGCAUGCAUGGAUGCGGUACGUACGUUGGAGGAAGGUAGUGUCGAGAAGCAGCGGCGGAUCCAGAACAGGUUAGAGCACUGGACCGCAUUUAAGAAGUGGUGAUGAGGGUUGGACCGUAAUCCUAUAAACAUUGAAAUAUAUACCCAAAAUCAAGAAUUUACAAGUGCUAUACAAGUUUUGGAUCCGGGGAGGGCUGGGUCGUGACCCUGGGACGGCCCCCAGACGAUCCGCCGCUGUCGAGAAGAACGACAUCAACAGAUUUGUAGUCCAGCGGCCGGAUAUACGAAGAUAAUGUUAGUGAUUUGAUUCGGUUGUGAUAGUGUGUCCGAAAAUAUUAUUUCGAAUUGUCAAGAUAUUCUAAUCAAAUGGUUAUCGAGUG